AUGGCGAGCAUUGCGCGCGGCAGAUCGCGACGGAGACAGGGCGACGGGUCGUCGGACCGGAAUGCGGCACACUCCACCGUUCCUAACCCCGAUCACCAAGGGGUUGUGUCCUCUAGGAAACAAGCAACUUACCCUGGGAUGCUAUCUGAUUCUGUGUUUGCUGACGUAAACAGGCAGAGUAAAUCAAGAAAAGCCAGUGCUGUACCAAUGAAAAUACUGAUAGAUGAAGAAUUUUCAAAUGAUGUCAAUGCUAGGCACAUUUCACCAGGUGCUGUAGGAAGGCUCAUGGGUCUUGAUUCGUUGCCCUCAUCUGGAAUCCAUAAUCAGCAUAGGCAUACCCAAAGUCCUGCACCAAAGACUUCACCUGGUAGUUUUCAUGCUCAAAAUGGUUUGCAUGAAGACAUUCCACACAGGAGUAGUGCAGAUACCAUUGAUGUUUUUGAAGUUACGGAGGCCGCAAAAACAAAGAUGCACCGGAGUCCAAGAUCUAAAAUUGGAAAUACAACUUCCAGAUCUGACAAGGUUGACAGUGCUGAUAUAGAUAUCAUAAGGCAGAAAUUUAUGGAUGCUAAGCGUCUUUCUACUGAUGAAUCCCUUCAAAUGUCAGAAGAAUUUAACGAGACACUUGAUGCACUGGUAUCUAACAGGGAUAUUUUGUUGGAAUUUCUUCAAAAAUUUGAUCCUGCUGUCAGAAGGGACCUGCACAAUCAUGGUUCUCCAUCCUCUGCUGCAAACUGCAUCACGAUAUUGAAGCCAUCUCGAAGAAAUCAUUUUAUUGACAUGGACAAUAUUUAUCCACAAGAGAAAGGUACCGAGAGCAUCUUCAACGAGCAAAAGGAAGUGAAACAUUCUUUGAGGAAGCCAUAUUCUAAUGUGCCCUUGCAAUCCCGAAAAGAAGAUUCUUGUUCAUUAAGGCAGAAACUGUCAAGGUCCAGUCACCAGGAAAAUACUGGAAAACGAGGCUGCCCCACUCGGAUUGUUGUCUUGAAGCCAAAUUUUGAGAAACCUCAUGAUAUUGAAGAAGCCCUUCCUCUACAUCAUAAAAUCCCCCAUUCUGAUUAUAGAAGCCACAAAGAAUGUCCGGAGGUUGGUAGAUGGACUCCGUAUACUGAAGAUUACAUGUCUCAGGUGCCCCUUGGAGAUUCUGAAACAUUAAGUCGUAUGGGGAAGGGAUCUAGAGAAAUUGCUAGGGAGAUCACCAAACAAAUGAGAGCUGCUAGGUGUGGGAGUAGGAAACAUGCUGUCAAACCGGAGAUCAGAACUCCUGCUUCAGAUGAAAGGUCACAGUUCCUGCCAUCUGUUACUAAACUCAAGACUCCAGAGGCAAUUCAUAGAUAUUCUGAGCCAUGUGAUGCUUGGGCUUCUUCCAGCCUAAACUCUUCGCCAACAUAUUUGACUGAAACAUCAGUAAGCAAGGAAGCAAAGAAACACCUCUCUAACAGAUGGAAGACCCAUCAGUGUCAGCAUCAAGAAACUGAUAGUGACAGCUUCAGCACGCUUGGGGAUAUGCUUUCCCUCUCUGAUCAGAAUGCAUCAAAGGUUGCUGCCCAUAAAAUGACAUCAAGGAAAUGUCCAAAGACAGGAGUGCAGAGUGAUAGAAUGCAAAGCUCAUGCAUCUAUCCUCUUGGCAUCAGCAGCAAUGAUGGUUGGAGAGACACAGCUACUAGUAAAUUGACAAGGUCCAAGUCUCUUCCAUCAUCCUUCAUCCGUGGAGUUCAAAAGUCGAACAAUAGAAAAAGAACUGGUAGUGUUACGUACAAUGAGUUCUCGAUGCUUAAAGAUGUUCUUAAGGUUGGACCCCACUAUUCUGAACAUGCAUGUCGUAGCAGGCAAAGACAAUCUCUAAGUAGAGAUUCUACAAUUCAUGGUGAUGAAUCUGAUCUGAUGUCCACAGAUAAUGAGGAAAAAAUGGCAGUUGAACGUGAGAUACAUGUAAAUUACGAGGAACCAAUUAAUGGUACUGCUGUGACAGAAACAUCUGGGCAGUCACAACGUCCUGCAAAUCUUGACCAUGAACUAGAUGCAGUAGGUAUACUGGAUACCAGUUCUGCAAUCCCUGUCAGUAAUAAAAGACCUCUUUCUCCUGCUGGACAGAACCAGCAAAUGCUUAAGAUGACCACAACAGCACUAGAUAACUGCCUUCUUGUGCCUAGUCUCGAUGAUCUGAUGGCUAAGCAUGAGCAAGUUGAAUACCAUGAAGCUGAUGAUUACCCAGCCACUUAUGAUCCCCAGAUAGAAUCUGAUUCUCCUGAGGAGAUUAAUCAUCAUCUGGGGGAUGACAAUCAAACCCUCUGUAUUCCACCUAAUGAAUCAGAAUCACCAGCAAACUCCAAUAAAGACGACCAGCAAAGUCCAGUGUCUGUUCUUGAAUCUUCCAUGGACGCAGAAGAUGUUUACUCAGGAGAUUUUGAGAAAAUUAGUGCAGAUCUCCAAGAGCUCAGAUUGCAACUUCGGCUUCUGAAGAGGGAGACUACAGACACUGGAGAUGACAACGAGCUUUUUAUAUUGAGUGAUGAUGAGGCAGCACGUCAAUCACUUCCUGAAAUGGAGGAAUCCCAUUCUUUUAGGAAUAUGGAUGAAAGGGAUUUCUCCUAUGUGUUUGAUAUGCUUGUUGCUUUGGGUAUUCAUGCGCCCAACGAGGAUGAGCUGAUUGACAACUGCUACUUACUGGAGUGUCCUGCAGGCCUUGAUUUAUUUGAUGAUCUUGAAAAGAAGUACAGCAGCCUCAUUUUAUGGCCACAACAUGAGAGGAAGCUCUUGUUCGAUAUCACAAAUGCUGUUCUUGGGGAUAUUAUUACCUCCGUGAUGAACAGUUGCUCAAAGAGAUUGAUGGUGAGGUGCUCACCUGGAUGGAAUGAGGAAGAGUUUGCUGAGCUUGUGUGGAAAAGGGUGGUGCAGGUACAGCAAGAAAUAGAGUUUAAUCAGGAAGCCCUACUCUUGAGUGUAGAGUGGGUUGGCUCAGAAGAUGGCACCAAUCUGGUUGGGUGCGAUAUCGGGAGUAUGUUGCAAGAUGAUCUCCUAGAGGAAAUUGUAGCUGACUUUCUGGGUGUUACUAAAUCCGCCAAGCUCCGUGGCUAG